CUCCCUCUGGUCAGUGUGUGGCUCAAAUCUGCACAGAGGCAGAACAACUCCAGUAAAAAGGUUAUUUUCUAUAAAAGUGAGGACUCUAGUGGUUUAUCUGCUUUUGGUGGAUUUUAUUUUACAGACAGAUGCCAUUGGCACAUACUUGUGUUUCACUUAUCUUUCAGGAAGAGGAAACACCUCCUUCUCAACACAUGUGAGGAGUGUUUCUGGCUGGUCCUCCUCCAAAGGAUGGCAGGGAGUGGAUCAUAGUGGAGGGCUGCUCCCUGUGAAGCAGCUACAUCAGCUUCUGUCACAAACACUGAGUGACCAACAUCCUCUCACUGCUCCAUCCAAAUGAUGGGAUUGUAUCUACAUGUUGGCUGACACACCAGGUCAACAUUGGAUCUAAGUUCUUUCUUUUUCCAUUGGAAUCUUGUGUUCAAGUCAAGCAGACAGCUUCCAUCCAGGACCAAGGGUCUGUGGUAGGUGUUGGAGUUCAGUGUGUAACAGGAAGUCCUGAUGAAGAUUUGAAGCCUCUGUGAAGCAGGAUGGAGCCCAUUAAGACAGACAUGGAGCUGCUCAGCAACAGCAUGGCCACCUACGCUCACAUCAAAGCCAAUCCGGAGAGCUUCGCCCUGUACUUCAUGAUGGGCGUGUGUCUGGGCCUCCUCAUGGCGCUGUGCCUCCUGGUGUCCGCCAUCGCCUGCAGGACCCGCCGCCACCGCAGGGCUCCCCCCUCCCCAGAGAGGAGGAAGCUGAAGGACUCCAGCGCGGAGGAAGAUGAGGACGAGGAGGAUGAGGAGGGGGGCGUUGAUGAGGAAGAUGAGGAGGCGACGCAGAUCCCUAAAGUGACCCUGGGGCCCCUGGGUGACGGCAGCUCUAACGGGACUCUGAGGAGCGUCAACGUGUUUGCGUCCGCCGAGGAGCUGGAGAAGGCGCGCCGUCUGGAGGAGAGGGAGCGAAUCGUCAGGGAGAUCUGGAGGAACGGACAGCCGGACAUCCUGGUCACGGGGACGGGGACCAUCGGACGGGUGCACUACCACUAACACACACUUUGACUGUGAUAUGCUCCCUGACUGCAGAAGGCAGAAGAGACUUUUGGAUCUGUGUGGCGGGCCAUGUUCAAAAUGAAAAUAAGAGACUGUGUAAAAUGGCAGGGGUGGUGAACCUUAUAUUUGCCCUCCGCAGGGUCAUUAUUGGUGGAACACUCCUAUUCAUUGACAAAACAUUGAUAUCUUGUCACAAGAGUCAAUAUUUUAAAUUUUAACUGAACUUCUAAUGUGAACCACAAAUGUAAAUAUUAAUAUAACGUACUAAGAUACAGAGACAGGACUGUUGUAUUCUGCUUAAGUGAAACAAUUUCAAGUUAAAAAAUACAAAAUAAGGACAACAACAAGAAAAGAAAAGAAAAAUAGCCUAACUCUUUUCUGCCCUAAAAACAUUCGUACAAUCCCUAAUUAAAUAAGAUAUUAUGAAAAAAUGAAAUAAUCAUAUGAAUAAAUACAGUAAAUAAAUGCACUAAAGUCAUGAUGUCAUUCAAAAUCCAAUACUUUAUUUUAAAAUGCAGCUCAAUGUUAUGAAAUGUAAUUUCAUCUAUGGCCUUUUUGAGAAAAAAAUAAGAACUUUUCUUUAAUUAAAAAAUUGCUGGAAUAAAAUAACAAUUCCAAUCAAUUGAUUUAUCAAAUAAGGUGAUAUAAUGUUGGAGCUGAGUUUCAUUGCAAAAGCUGAAUUACUUCACUAUUUUAAAAAGGGUUAUAUAUUGUCUCUUUUUAUUCACAUGAUUAGUAUAAGUCUCAUUCUGUAAUUUAAUAUUGAAAACAUAUUUUCUCCAUAUAUUUUGUAUUAUAUCGCCUGUGACAACAGAUGUAGUUUGCAGCAUAUUUGGCUUCAUCUGUAUUCUACCAUGUCUUUGCAAUGUGAAUAAUUAAAAGUUGAACCACUUUUACAAUCAACAAAAGCACAUAUGUAUCAAUAGAUGUAGCAAUGUCCAUCUGUGAUUAUUUGAAAGUCAAUCAUACAUUCAAUUGCUUUUUGGGCGAUUGUAAGAAAAAGUAAACACUCAAGAUUAUUGGUUUUGUCUCCUAGUAAAUUGAAUAUGUUUAUCUUU